AUGCAAGGACUCUGCGUUCCUCAGCCUGGUCCUGGUUGGUCGUUUUCUUCAAAUUUCCCGGGCCCCAAGAACACGCCGGGCCAUACCGAGGCGCGCGAGGGUCACUCCUUCGGCAUGGCCGAACUUGGUCAAAGUGGCAUCCUGGCGUUGGCGUCUCUCAACCGCCCCAAAGAACCCUGCUGCAAUUGGCCCACAACGGCUGAUGACGAGGCGACCGACUCGGAUAGAAUCCAGCAGCAUGACCGGGGUGGUUCUCCCCCUCAAAGAGUCGUCGAUAUGAAUGGCGGUCACGUCAAGCUCGUCGGGCAGGACGGCCGCAAGGGGUUGUCCCACGUCCGGACCAGACUCAAAACGACACAAUAUGUCACUGAUCCACUCGCCGCUCAGAGACUACACAACUAUCUCAAUGAUGACGCAUUCAACAACGUUACGCUUCAGGCCUCGUCAUGGCAAGAGGAAAAGCCACAGGACCGGAUAAAGGCCCAUGCUGCACGUGUUCAGGCUUUCCUUGAGAAGAUGGAGCCGCGGCUACCCCUUGCGCACUCCCAACCCUAG